AUGGAUCGGAUCAGUACACUACCAAACGAGCUUCUUUGUCAUAUCUUGUCCUUCCUUACAACAAAGGAGGCUGCUUUAACAUCGGUUCUUGCCAAGAGGUGGCGCAACCUGGUUGCUUUUGUCCCUAACCUCGAUCUCGAUGACUCUGCCUUUCUGCGUCCUGAAGAUGGUAACCUUGAAAGGGAAAUAAUUCCGCAGAGCUUCAUGGAUUUUGUGGAUAGUGUAUUUGCCUUGCAGGGAAAUUCUCCCUUAGAGAAAUUCUCCCUCAAGUGUAAGUGUCAAACCGGUGUUGAUUCAGACCGCUCGAAACAAUGGAUAUCUCGUGCGAUGCAGCGCGGUGUUUUGUACAUGGAUCUGUUCAUCGAUUUUGGAUAUAGAUAUUGGUUGCCUCUGGAAAAUUUCACGAGCAGGACGCUUGUUGAGCUGAAGAUAGCAACUUUUGCUCUUGAUUUCCGGUCUGGAGACAUUUCUUUACCUGUGCUCAAGACUCUUGCUUUUGACUCAGUUUUGUUUUAUAAUGGUCAGCUUCCGGUGAUACUUUCUGCUUGCCCUGCGCUUGAGAAUCUAGAUAUGCACAAGAUUAAUUUUUCACCUGAGAAUGAGACCGUGUCUAGUGACCUCAAGACUCUAACAAUUUACUCUGACACUUCCAUGCUACGUGCUUUUUCAUUUGAUACACCGAAUCUUGUUUGCUUGAAAUACACUGAAUUAGUUGCGGAUGACUAUCCAUUAGUUAAUUUGGGGAACUUAGUUGAGGCUCAUAUCGAGCUUAAAGUAUAUUACCACCAGAUGGAGCAAUUAAGUGCCCGAAACGAUGAUUGGUUAGAGGAUGAUGUUUUUCUCAGACAUGGUAAUGUGCGGAAGCUUGUUCGUGGCAUCUCCAAUGUUCACAAGCUUUACUUAUCUCCUGGUGCUUUCCAGGUGCUUGCUCUAUGCUCUCAGGCGAUGCCUGUGUUCAACAAUCUCACAUUCUUAGACAUCGACAGUACCAUGGAUAUAGCGUGGCAAGCAAUGCCUGUUCUCUUAAGACACUGUCCAAAUCUAGAUACUCUAGUCAUUAAGCGUCUCUUACACUGUGUAACGGAUAAAUGCGGGGAUGCAUGUAUCUGCAUUUCUCGGGAGGAGAAAGGCCGUUCGCUCGUCUCUUGUCCAGUGAAGAGGUUAGAGAUUCGAGGUUUUGAUGGAAUCACCAGAGAUUUGGAGAUGAUCAAGCAUUUCUUAGACUACCUUCCGUGUUUGGAGGAGAUGGAGAUUUACAUCACAGAGCGUGAUAAGUAUUCGUUUAUGGUGGGAGAAUCAACCACGUUGAGUGAUUCACUUGGUACGAUGCCUUAUUGUGCACGCUUAGCAUCGGUAGUCGUGCUAUCUAAACUCGAUCCAGGAUGA